GUCAGUAGCUCGUCAUCUGAGCCCUGAGGUACAUCACACUAGGAGUGGUGAAGGUGACGCGCCAGAGACGGAACAACAAACUGUGUCAGCCAGGAGACCAGCAGCUGAGGACCUGCCGCCAGCUGAGGACCUGCCGCCAGACCGUGGCUCUCAUGCCUCCACGCUGUGUCACCUCUUCUCCUGUGACCACUGCACUGCUCCCUGACACCAUCUACACCACAAGCAACUAUUAUCGCUUCCAUCACCAUUUCUGUCAAGGGUGAUAAUGGCCCCUCACUGACAACUGUUUCAGUGAACACAACUGGCUUCUUACAGAUAUAACAAUUAGUGUGAAAAUCUUACGCUGUUGUUUAUUGUGUUGGGAAGGUGGAAGAUAGCAGAGAUCAGUGGUGGAAGUUACUAUGAAGAAAGACACACGUGACCUCCUGCUCACCACCAGGAAGUUGACGCUCAUCCAGCAUCUGUAAACAGUACCAAGAGUGACUGUACCAAGCCAAGACACGCGUCACCCCACACUGUACCAAGCCAAGACACGCGUCACCCCACACUGUACCAAGCCAAGACACGCGUCACCCCACACUGUACCAAGCCAAGACACGCGUCACCCCACACUGUACCAAGCCAAGACACGCGUCACCCACACUGUACCAAGCCAAGACACGCGUCACCCCACACUGUACCAAGCCAAGACACGCGUCACCCCACACUGUACCAAGCCAAGACACGCGUCACCCCACACUGUACCAAGCCAAGACACGCGUCACCCCACACUGUACCAAGCCAAGACACGCGUCACCCCACACAUAGAAACCCCGUUAUAAACAUAGUCUGUAACAAUCAAAUUGCAAUCAUACAAAAUUAUCAGCUAGACGUAAUCAGACACAUUCGUGUCUGAUUACUCCAAGAUCUAUCUGUACUCUGUGUCUCCCAGCAGUGUUCACCCCAAGUGCAUCAAGUGCUGUUAUCUGGCUUAUUACACACAAUCUGUUGUACCCACUGAAGACGAUCAGUAGUAAAAAAAAGCCUUAAAAAUCUUGAAGUGUUCUUGAAUAUUGUUCGCUAUUAUUAGAGAAUAAUUACUACCUUCCUAUUGUGAGGAUAAAAAAGUUUGUAAACAAAUAAUCAAAAACUAAUUUAAGUUCAUACCAAACAAGUGUGUUAAGUGAAGUAAAGAAAAGAGAGAGAAAUAACCUACUCUCAAGCAAAAACUCUUGAGUGUCCGAGCUGGUAGACACCUCAAGUGUCACUCAACACAUCACCAACACCAGUUUACUCUCUCCAACAAUGAGUUACCAAGCUGCACCAACACUCUUCACCAUGCUCAUCUUCCUGCUGCUCACCCUCCACCAGGAGAGGGAAGUAGAGGGUGUGAACAGCGGCGGUGAGUAUACAUACUCGACAGCACGAGGCUGGGGUCACAAGGAGCUGGCUGAACCAGUAUGGGGACACCCACCCAGGAUACACAAGAACCGCAGGAUACCUGAAGUUAGGGAGGGCAAUAACCACAGGCUCGACCAUGGGGCAGCGCGAGUGAUACAGUCAUCACAUUAUGAGCUGGAGUAUGUGUUGGGACGUAAGAUCAUCUUCAUCUGCACAGCCAGAGGCAAUCCCAGACCCAGCAUCACCUGGUACAAGGAUGGUGUUGAACUCUAUGCUCACAACUACUUCCAGGUACAUCUCUACCUGUGUAUCAGGUACUUUUACAUUUGUGUAUUAGUUAACACCGCCUCUGAUUACCAGGUGCCUGUCUACCCGGAUACUAGGUACUUGUAAUAUAUAUUAGACUGGUUUCCAGAGUUCCUCUUCCCCUAACAACCAGGCCAAGCUGUUGCUGCCUAUUUGACGGAGGCAGUAAUCUGGUUUCACACUGAAAACUUCGCUUGUUCCAGUAAUAUUUCUGAUAUGUGUAACAGACUGAAUAUUUUUGGAUAAAGGAUGUUGACAUGGUGUUCUCUUUCUGUGCACAUGACUCCCCUGCUUUUCACUGGCAUUACACUUCCUCCCAAUAUUCACACUAACUAUA